AUGGUAGCCUUUUCUAGGCUAUUAUAUUCUGCUUAUAAGCCUUUUUCCUUAACUUCCGUAAAGAAGUUAUCGAAGUAUAAAUUGUCGCUUUGGGUCACUGCCACUGGCGCCAGUGGUUUCCUCAUGGUUUCUCCAAUGAUUUCAGCAAGUUUUCUUACAACUUGUGGAGGAAUUUUCCUAUGCAGUGCUGCCGCUAAUACUUUUAACCAAAUUAUUGAACGGGACUCAGAUUCCAUAAUGAACAGAACCAAAAACAGGCCACUUCCUAGAAAAAUUGUUACACCUCAACAGGCAGGGAUAAUUGGAGGUACUUUUACCAUUUUUGGUGGUUUUUUGCUUUACAUGACUGGAGGUUUAAGUCCCAUGCUUCUAGCCUUUAUGAACAUCGCACUUUACACUCUCGUUUACACUCCUUUAAAGAAAAAAACACAAUGGAAUACCCAUAUCGGAUCAGUAGUUGGAUGUGUUCCUCCACUAAUUGGAUGCCUAUCCGCUGGAGGUAGUAUUUUAAUUCCUGAGCCCUGGCUUUUGUUUGGUUUAAUGUAUGUUUGGCAGUUACCUCACUUCUAUACUCUUUCUUGGCUUUACCGCGGAGACUACAACAGAGCCUCAUUUAAGGUGUAUGGAAUUGAUGACGACUCCGGUAAAAAGACCGCAGCCGCAUCUAUUCGGUGGGUCACAUUUCUUUCAUCAAUUCCACUCGUUUGUAAUUUGGCUGGUUUUUUACCAGCAGAGUUUUUAUUGGCAACUGCUGUUCCAAAUGCCGUUGUCGCUCAUAAAGCUAUUAAAUUUUACAAAAAUCCCAAUACCAAAACUGUAAAUAACCUCUUUAUGCAUUCUUUAUGGCAUAUACUCGUUUUAAUGGGUUUGAGUUCGUAUUUUAUGUCAGAUACAAAACAAAUUAAAAACGAAGAUAAGAUUUUACAAGUGGAUGAUGGUAAAAUAUUACAAAUUGAAAGAAUUGUUAACACUUGUGAAUAA